AUGCCAUAUUCUCAUCGACGUCAACAUUAUGAAGCAUCUCAACGAGGUACUUCGAGGAUGCUAAGAGUGAAUACAUCGAUAACCAGACUCUUGAUCUACACUUUCCACGAUAGAAUAGUGAAUACUUAUUUCGAUAUCUCUGGAUAUUCGAAAGAAUAUACCGAGAUGGCAGAUAAGAUCAUGCAAUCAGUAGGUUCAUUUGUAUCAACAUUAAAAGUACAUCGUCUGUCAAAGUUAACAUUAGAAUCCUCUGCCUUUUCAAAUAUGAUUGAACAAGAGAUUUACAUAGAUCUAUGGAGUUUAAAAGAAUUUAUUGAAAACUAUCCAAAGAGUUAUGAUGGAUUAGAGUAUUUCAAGACAAGUGUUAUUAUGCCAGGUAGUCCUGGUUCUCAACUUAUGUUGCAAAUGGCUUUGGUUUGUAAAGAAUGGUACAAUUAUAUUUCCAAAGAGAUUUCUAUUGAAUUCUUUUGCGAAUUCGUUCCCCUUGAAAGUAAAGACAAGGAUUCAGUUGUCAGCGAAUACCUUCUUUCAGGUCCGAAAUGUUUAUAUCAAUAUAAUGGUAUAAAGACAAUCUACUUGGAUUGCCUUGAUGUUGGUUAUGAUAAUGCUGACUGUUCAAGACUCGUAAAAUGGAUUGCCAAUUUCAAGAAUCUGGAGAGAUUGGUUAUCAAUACAACAAGUCCAAGAAUGGUAAAAGUAAUACUCGAUACGUUGGGAGAUCUAAAGGUUGAAGUCUACGUUGGGGAGCAAUCACGAGAAGCCAUUAAGAUGACCGAUGGUGAUUUGUCAAUGUUUGAUCACUCUAGACUAGAGUAUGUAUACUACAAGACACCAGAUUUUCCACAAGUACUUGGAACACACAAGAGUACCACUGGCAAUGACGGCAACGAUAAACUUGAAAUUGUUUAUUCCCAUAUCAAGAGAUGGAGAGUUGAUAACAUCCUAUUCGACUAUCGGCUUGCAUCAAAGAAUGGAGCAGGUGACUUGAUCGACUAUACCGGUCUUCUAGAGAUCAAAUCACUUUCACAUAUCAAGAUAGUCAACAGUAUGUCUGGAUUUAGAUUCCUGCCAGGUGUUGUCGGAAAUGCCUCCAACAUCCAGUCAUUCAAAGCAUAUAUACCAGUACAUUUUCAUAUAGGUGUCGAUGAACUUCUUGAGUGGAAUAAAUUUUGUUUGGAACUGAGAUCCAAUAAGACUCUAAAGACACUCUCACUCAAGAACAAGGGUAGAAAAGACAAAAAGGAUGGUGAAGAGCCAGAUGUACAUGAUCUUACGGAGAAUAUGGGCAGAGGAUUUGCAGCGUUUCAUUUCUAUAGCGCUUUGAUAUCUAAUAAUACGCUCAGCUCUCUUACUGUCACAAGUAGAUUGGUUGGAUUGGAAUUCUAUAUGAUUCUCACCAAGACUAAUCGAUCGGUAUCACAUCUAAAACUGACAGAGUGUAAAUUGUCUUGCCAUCUCUAUCAUCUUAGAGAAUUGAUUCAGCAGAACAAGUCGAUCACCAGCCUGACUCUCAAGUAUGACGAAUUCGAUAACAAGUCCAAAAGAGGAGUCUGCAAGGAUUGGGAUCUGUUCUGUGUCGAGUUGGCAGCCAACACCUCGAUUUCAACGUUAAAGAUUGAGAGUAUGGAAUCGCGAUCGAACCAAAAACAGGCCAAAUACUUUAUUGCACAGACCAACGCAUUUCCAGAGGAUCAAACGAAAACAUUUGGUUUGGCCAUCGGUGAUAAUAAAGCGAUUCGGUCACUCUCGAUCGGUUGUAAGCUACUCUCAAGCAGUCAGCUAUUCUAUCGAUCGUGGUCGGAAUCCAAUCAAACCAUUAGAGCACUCCGAGUUAGAGACUGCGAUCUUAAUCAUCUCUUUGAGAUAUCGAGAAUGUUAAAACACAACCACUCUAUUAACACGCUAAACAUAUACUCCGUCUAUGACCGAUCGAUGGACUACUACUUUGCAUGUAGUACUAAAGUUGAUACCGUAAAAGUAGCCAACAAAAUUGUUAGAGUCGUAGAUUCGUUGAUCAAAGCACUGGAAAUACACCGACUCUCUGCAAUGACAAUGGGUAAUCAUUACUUUUCACAUGUACUAUGUGAAUGCUUACACAAUAAUGACAUAGCAUCGAUUAGUUGUUUAAAGAUGUUUUAUCAUGUAAGAUCAUCUCAUCUAAUCUCAUCUCAUCAUGUCAUAUCAUCUUACAUUGAAAGAAAAGAAAAGAAAUUAAUUUCGACAUUGAUUUAUAUUUCAAAAGACGAUCUCACAUUGGAAAGAGAUUUACAUAUACAUCCAAAACAUUGUGGACCCAAUUUAUAUGCUAUAGCAUCGGAACAACUACAUAGUGAAGUCGAAGGUACAUGCUCUGGUAGAUAUGGUUUCAUCAUUACCAUCACCUCUGUAGAUUUCGUAUCGAGAGGUAAGGUAUUGGAAUCAACCGGAUACGUCGUACUCCCAGUAAAAUAUAGAGCUAUCAUUUUUAAACCAUUCAAAGGUGAAGUACUUGAUGCCGUUGUCACUAAAGUAACAAAUCUUGGAUUCUUUGCAGAGGCAGGACCAUUAACCAUUUUUGUAUCUACACAUCUUAUACCAACUGAUAUGCAAUUCGAUGCACAAAGUGCAAAUCCAUGCUUUAUCUCUGACGAUGGCUCAUCAAAGAUUAGUAAAGACAACGAAGUUAGAUUACAGAUUAAAGGAACAAGAGUAGAUGCUACAGAAAUUUUUGCAAUUGGAUCAAUUAGAGAGGAUUAUUUAGGUUUCAAGAUGUUAUCAUAUUUAAUCGUUAUAAUAAUAUCUGUUAUAUUUGGAUUCUCUCUAUCUUAUUAUAAUGUACAUCAGUUAAUAUUGACAUCGAUUUUAGAUAUACCUUUGCUUAGUCAUAAAAGAAUGAUAGCAGGUGUAAUAGGUGGUCAGUUAGUAUUCUAUUUUCUCAUAUUCUAUUAUCCACUGUCUAGAAUCGUGAACAAGAUGAUCAAGUUUGACGAACAGUAUCAAGAUGAAUACAAUCAAUACAAGAUAGCAAGCAUCAACUCGAUAUACAGCAACAAAAACAAUAAUUUCAAUAAUAACUAUCAUAUCAAUAAGAAGAUAUAG